AUGACACCCCACGCCACCCACACGCCCGUCCGGCAGGCCGUCGACGCGGUGCACGCCGCCCAGGCUCCCCUCGAGAAGAGGGCCUACCCCAUGUCCCUCCCCUCACGGAACCUCCUCGUCAUCGUCCUCGGCGAGUUCUGCGGAACAUUCAUGUUCCUCCUCCUCUCCUUCAUCGGAGCGCAGACCGCCAUCGUCACCAACGCCGCCGCCGACCCCGACGCCCCCAUGGGCCCGGAUAGCCUGCUCUACAUCGCCUGCUCCUUCGGCACCGCCAUCGCCAUCAACGUGUGGAUCUUCUACCGCGUCAGCGGCGGCAUGUUCAACCCUGCGGUCACAUUGGGCCUCGUGCUCGUCGGCGCCGUCAAACCCCUCCGAGGCCUCUGCAUUGUCCCAGCCCAGCUGCUUGCCAGCAUCGCCGCCGCCGGCGUGGUCUACGGGGUCCUCCCUGGACCGCUCAAGGUGGCCAACACGCUCGGGAACGGCGCCACCAUCCCGCAGGGGUUCUUCAUCGAGAUGCUGCUCACCGCCCAGCUGGUGCUGACGGUGUACUUCCUCGCCGUCGAGAAGCACCGCGCCACCUUCCUGGCCCCGAUCGGGGUCGGUAUCUCCGUCUUCAUCGCCCACAUCACGGCCACCAACUGGACCGGUACUUCCAUCAACCCCGCUCGCUCCUUCGGGCCUGCGGUCAUUAUCGGUUUCGUCAACUACCACUGGAUCUACUGGCUGGGUCCCUUCGCCGGUGCGUUCUUGUCUUUCUUGGUCUAUGCCCUCUUCAAGUGGCUUGAGUACCAGACUGCAAACCCCGGGCAGGACGAUGAUAUGGAGAAGGCUUUGGGGCCUGCUUCACCUCGUCCCAUUGACUCUUCUCUUGGUGACGGACCUCAGUCUCUGAAGGCUUAG